AUGUUUGAUAAACUCCGAGGCAAGUCGCCCUCCGGUCAUUCCAAAGGGGAAUCAAUUGACGACACCCCCAAUGAUUUAUCUGCACCCCCUCCACCUGCCUACGCAGCUGCUUCCUCCUCCGAAUCUGCAUCAUCAGCACCCGUGCAAACACGUUUCGCCUCUUUGUCUCUCCACAAGGAAGACCGUCUUCGUUUCCUGCGCUUUCCCGAACCCAUCAUCUCCAGCUGCCGCGCAACCGUUCUAAGAACCUGGCCUCAAGGUAUCGACGAAGAGCGCCGAUACGCAAACAGUCAAGAAAUUAAACUAAAUGGUUACCCUUGGCGCGGAUAUGGAAAAGAGGGGGUGCACGCACGGCGUCUGAUGAACGGUCUGUUAGCAACUCUACACGCCUCAGGGUGGCUCUUGACACUUAACACCGAUAUAAGCAAGAGUGCUGUGGACAAAGAUACCUUGCUCUUCCGAUACCAGAGCCCACCUCCGUCGCCGCACGAAUGGUGUGUUGUGUCGUUCAGUCGGCAAGAUCGGCUGCGCUUUAUGGACGCACCUGCUUCGUUGUAUAGCUCCCUCCCAUCUCGUGUGGGAGCCAACUGGAUUUCAGCAUCCGAACAGCAUUCGCCUGGGAUCUGGGAAUUUAAACUCAAAGGCUACCCAUGGCAAGCUAGUGGCGAAGAAACAAUGAGGGUCAGAGAAUUGUUGAUAGCACUGGUAGAGGUGUUGGAGGAGGAGGGAUGGAGCGUGUAUGCUAGUAUCGAUCAGAAGAGUAGCGGAGGGCAGGGUGUGAGCGAAACAGAUACUUGGCAUUGCUGCAGAGCGAAGGGGUGGGAGAAGGGUAUGCCCGUCUAUCUUCGAUGA